AUGUCUGUAUCCGAAAAGAACUCCGUGGUUGAGGGGGACCAGGUUUCUGUAGAGGAUCACAGACUUUUACGCAAGGUCGACCUUAGACUUCUACCUGUUUUCACUCUGCUUUACCUCCUUAGUUUCCUGGAUAGGUCAAACAUCGGGAAUGCGAAAAUCGAUGGAAUGACAACUGAUCUCGGCGUAUCUCCCGCUAGUUAUAACACCGCUUUAGCCAUAUAUUUUGUUGGUUAUGUUAUUUUCGAGGUCCCUGCCAAUCUGACAUCAUUUCCCCUAGAUAAUAAAUGUAAUCCGCAAGUUUGGCUCCCGUCAUUGACUCUCGUCUGGGGUAUCGUCUCUAUUGGCCAAGGCCUUGUCAAAAACCAAGCCGGGUUAUUUGGAAUCAGAUUCUUACUUGGCGCCACGGAAGCUGGUCUUUUUCCUGGCGUGAUAUACGUCUUCUCAGUAUAUUAUCUGAGACGCGAGCGGAGUUGGCGAGUCGCAAUUUUCUUCGGUGGUUCGGCAUUGGCGGGGGCGUUUGGAGGGAUAUUUGCAUAUUGCAUUGGAUUGAUGAACGGUGUAGGUGGCAGAAGGGGUUGGCAAUGGUAUGUUCGCAUUCCCACGUAUCACCUCAUUAACCCAACGUCGAAAAGGAUAUUCAUUCUCGAGGGAACACUGACAGCAGUCGUUUCCCUCGUCGCAUAUUUUAUUGUGCCCACUUGGUCUCACGAGGCCAAAUUCCUAUCUGAGCCAGAAAAAACGCGCCUGCUAGAUAGAUUGCGAGCAGACUCUGAUGCAGGAACUGACCAAGUUUUCAAAUGGUCGUCCGUCCGAGAUGCUUUUGGCGAUCACUUAGUCUGGGCAUAUGCAUUCCUUUUCCAUGGAUUCUCUUUUGUCCUGUACUCGCUCAGCCUUUUCCUGCCUACAAUCAUCGCUGGACUUGGGUUUGAGACGUGGCAGGCUCAAUUGAUGACUGUCCCCCCAAACGUGCUCGCAAGUUUCUCAAUAUGGACCACAGUAUAUUUUUCAAGCAAGUUCAAUGUAAGAGCACCUUUCAUCAUAGGAGCUGCAAUUGUAUCCAUCAUUGGAUAUAUCCUGCUUAUCGCUUGCACAAGUCCCGGCCUUCAAUACUUUGGAGUACACCUCGCAGCAGCCGGCGUGUAUACAGGCAAUUCGCUUCUUCUAAGUUGGCCUGGAGAGAACGUUUCUGGUCAGGCUAAACGCGCAGUUGCGGUAGCCCUCCAAAUCAGCGUCGGUGAUAUAGGAGCGAUUGCAGGCUGUCUGAUCUACAGGCCCACACUGGACAGUCACCUGUACCGCACACCCAAUCUUAUAGCUAUCGGCUAUCUCCUGUUCGCAAUUGUGAUGACCACAUAUUUGUGGCGUGUGAUGAGUGCAGAAAACAGGAGGCGAGAUGGUUUAUUGUCACAGGGCGAAGCAAAGGAAGAAACCGAGGAAGAGAGAAUCAGGUUAGGCGAUCGCUCUGUGCGCUACAGAUACCAAAUUUGA